CACUUGCAGUGCAAAGACCACAAGCGAGAAGACUCCGAAGCCGGGAGUAGAAGUACCAACAUUUAUUCUGGAGCCUAGAGAGAAAAGACAACCGAUACCACAUCUUUUUGGUUCGAGGGACUGUCUGCUGGAGCUCCGAUACAACCAAUUCGUCAUUUCGCUAUACACCAGUUUCUCUGGACAUAGCAGCUAAACAAAGUUGGUAGUAAACUCUUUGGAGUUUGGUUAGAGUCACUAUUAUUUCUUCGCUUGUGAGAGUGGACUGCACUGAAACUUGGGAUCGACCCGUCUGGGGUCGGGCUUGGACCUGGCGCAUCCUUUUUGCGGCUUUGAACACUGCGAAAGUUUCGGCCAGAUCUAAAGACUUCGAGUCGAGUCAGACUUUUGAGGACACGCUGAGCGGCUGCAACCCGAGCCCAGCUGCAACACACCGGGGCGACCGGAUAGAGACGUCCGACACACGUGUUCAAGGUCCUUCACUGAUUCCCUAAAGUCUACAAAUCCGACAGUUCUUCAAAGGGGUUUCACAGUGUAGUAAUUUUACAUUAAAAAAGACCCUCUAAGCCGACCCGAUGGCGUGGUCACCUCUUACCGGCCCCUGUGUGGCCCUCUUACUGCUCUUCUUCGGUUUGACCUCCUGCACUCCCUCCGGCCCAGCUUCGGCCACCUGCGCCACCCUGGAACAGAGUCGCUUCUUUGGUGUAUUUUCCUCGAUGACCACCCUGCACUCCACGCCGUGCUCGUGGACCUUGCAGAACCCCGAUCCUCGCCGCUACACCGUCUACAUGAAGAUCACCAAGCCAACCGACUCCUGCGUGCCCCGCCAAAUCAAGACCUUCCAGUUCGACUCCUUCAUCGAGACCUCCCGCACCUAUCUGGGCAUGGAGAGCUUCGACGAGGUUGUCCGGCUGUGCGACGCAUCGACCACUGUCACCUACCUGGAGUCCACCAAGCAGUUCCUGCAGAUCCGCAAGGUGGCCACGAGAAACAGCGUGGAGAUGUUGGAGGGACAGAAUGAUGUCAGUGAGUUCAAGGCUGAGUUUCUGGUCGUGGGGAAGAGGAACCCAAGCAUGCCUGCCUGCCAGAUGCUGUGCCAGUGGCUGGAGAAGUGCCUGUCCAGUAGCACCCAUGAUUAUCCCUGUGGCAUCAUGAACACACCAUGCCAGUGCUGGGAAGCCCCAAAGAGGAAGCCAGGGAGCUGCUACAGAGGCGGUGUCUACGUUGAGAAAUGCCUUCCUGUUUCCCGUGACAACAUACGCGAUGUUGAGAUCAUCAAGGGCUGGGCUGGUUGGGGCCGCUGGUCAGUAUGCAGCCAGGAAUGUGAUGGUGGAGUUCAGGUGCGCAGCCGAGCCUGUCAGCCCGAGGACCGUGUGUGCGAAGGAACCGUUGAAGAGGGACGGGCCUGCAACCCUCAGCCCUGCAUUGGGAAAGAGCGCAACAGGAGCCAGGGUCUGCGAGCCAUCGUCGGAUUGAAGAGAGAUGAUUCUCACCAUGGAGUUGUUGCAACUCAAACAGUAGAUUCUAAGACAGACGAGUGGUCCCCCUGGAGCGCUUGUUCAAUCACCUGUGGAGAGGGGUGGCAGAGCCGCACCCGCGUCUGCGCCACUUCCUCCUUCACCACACAGUGCACCGGACCACUGCGUGAGAACCGCCCCUGCAACAACACAGCCGUCUGCCCCGUGGAUGGUGCUUGGGAUGAGUGGACCCCCUGGAGCCUGUGCUCAUCCACAUGCGGCCGUGGUUAUCGUGAUCGUACCCGCACAUGCAAACUGCCCCAGAAUGGAGGAGAGCCUUGCCGCGGCCCUACAAGACAAACCAAGUUCUGCAACAUCGCUGUCUGCCCCGUGGACGGAUCCUGGAAUGAGUGGUCUGUGUGGAGCGCAUGCACCACAUCUUGCUCUAAUGGCACCAUGCAGAGAAUACGGGAGUGCAACGGGCCGUCCUACGGGGGCUCCGAGUGCCACGGCAGCUGGAAAGAUUCAGCCACCUGCUUCCUGAAAGAAUGCCCUGUUGAUGGACGUUGGCAUGCAUGGAGCUCUUGGAGCAGCUGCAGCAAGACUUGCGGCGGCGGCCUCCAGAAGAGACAGAGAGUCUGUGAGGGGCCCUUCUUUGGUGGAGAGCCUUGCCCCGGUGAAAAGGGAGAGCAGAAGCGUUGCAAUGAGAAGAGAUGCCCUGAGCCCCAUGAGAUCUGCCCUGAGCAGAACACCGGAGAUGUUGUGUGGAAGAAAACCCCCGCUGGAGACAUGGCUGCCAUUGCCUGCCCUGCUGAUGCUUCAGGUCUGAUUUUGCGCCGGUGCACCCUGGACGCUGUAGGUCUUGCCUCCUGGGAGAGCCCAACUCACAUCAAGUGUGUCUCCAGCAACUACGAGAACAUUCAGAUGAUGUCGAGGGACUACAACUCCAAAGCGCAGAUGGGACAGAGCGUGGACGGGGUCAGCGAGGUGAUUUCACGCCUGAGAGUCUCCUCCGAUGAGGGGGCCAAGUACAGUGGCGACCUCUUGGCUGUCAUGGAGAUCCUGAAGAACACCACUGAACAGUACAAGGCCACCAGACUGAGAUUGAGUAACGCUGAUGUUGAGAACUACGUCCAGACAAUCAGCAACUUACUGAAGGAGGAACAUCGUGACAAAUGGGAAGAGGCACAGCUGAUGGGUGCCAACAUUAAGGAGUUCCUCCGCCUUGUUGAGGACUCUGUGAACAUGAUCGGUAUGCAAAUGAGCGGCUUUCAGGACAUUUACGAAGUCACCGAGAAUUUAGUGCUGAGCAUCCACAAGCGCCCAACAAGCACAAACUCCAACUUUACCUUCCCCGUGAAAGGCUGGAGGGGCAUGCUGGACUGGGUCAGGACCUCUGAGGAGAAGAUCUCUGUGUCCCGUGAUGCCCUUUCCAUUGGACAAGCGGAUGGCAACGAGGCAUUUGUGACAGGCAUCGUCCUUUACAGAAACCUCGCCUCUAUUCUGUCCUUCCAGAGCAACACCACCCUCAUCAACUCCAAGGUGGUGACAGUGAUUGUUAACCCAACCCCGUCUCUCCUGUCCACCCCCAUUGAGAUCGAGUUCCCCCAUCUCCACAAUGGCACCAUGAAUGAGACGUGCCUCUCAUGGGACGAGAGUGAAACUUCCUCUCUGCUUGGGUCUUGGUCUGCUCGGAGCUGCAGAGCGGUGCCCGUUCAUUCAUUCAGAACCAAAUGCGUGUGUGACAGCCUCUCCACCUUCGCCAUUUUAGCGCGCGUCAACUUCGACUCGAUCAUGGACAAGUCACUGCUCCCGUCCGUGACUCUCAUCGUUGGCUGUGGGGUCUCGUCUCUCACUCUGCUGCUCCUCAUCAUCAUCUACGUCUCUGUGUGGAAGUACAUCCGCUCCGAGCGCUCUGUUAUCCUCAUCAACUUCUGCCUCUCCAUUAUAUGCUCCAAUGCCCUCAUUCUCAUCGGACAAACUCAGGCUCGCAACAAGGUGGUGUGUACUCUCGUUGCUGCUCUCCUGCACUUCUUUUUCCUCUCCUCUUUCUGCUGGGUGCUGACAGAAGCUUGGCAGUCCUACAUGGCUGUCACGGGUCGUCUGCGCAACCGCAUCAUCCGCAAGCGCUUCUUGUGCUUAGGCUGGGGCCUUCCUGCACUGGUGGUGGCUGUGUCUGUGGGUUUCACCAAAGCCAAGGGAUACGGCACUGUCAACUACUGUUGGCUGUCUCUUGAGGGCGGACUCCUCUACUCCUUUGUUGGCCCUGCUGCAGCUGUUGUUUUGGUGAACAUGGUCAUUGGUAUUCUGGUCUUCAACAAGCUGGUAUCCAAGGACGGCAUCACCGAUGUGAAGCUGAAGGAGAGAGCAGGAGCAUCACUGUGGAGCUCCUGCGUGGUUCUGCCCCUCUUGGCCCUCACCUGGAUGUCUGCCGUCCUGGCCAUCACCGACCGCCGCUCGGCCCUCUUCCAGAUCCUCUUUGCCGUCUUCGACUCUCUGGAGGGUUUCAUCAUUGUCAUGGUUCACUGCAUCCUGCGUCGAGAGGUUCAAGAAGCUGUAAAGUGCAGAGUAGUCGACCGCAAGGACGACGGCAAUGGAGAUUCUGGCAGUUCCCAUCACAAUGGCCACACCCAGCAUAUGCAGUCUGACAACGAAAAGGAUGGAGAUUCAAGCAGACAAGGAAUGAAGAGCUCCUCUGAAGAGAAAAUGCCUCCUCCUCAGCUGCCUCUUCCCAUGGGCUCCAACUUCCACACUCUGCCAUCCAACCCGAGUAAAAGCCACAUGCAGGCAGUUCCCGAAUAUUCCAGCCACACCCUCACCCUGAAGAGAGAGAAAAGCCGACUGGCGGGAGGAAUCAACCCAUCCUGCGGGAAACCCGUGUAUGUCUGCGAGGGGGAGCUUUUCCAGCAGCUGGACGCCGAUCUCGCUCGGGCUCAGGCCGAGGGAAGCAUCUCCGAUGGCAGCAGUUACGUCCUCAUGCCCAACACCACCUCCACCCUGAGGUCCAAGCCCAAGGAUGACCCCACGAAAUAUAACAUCAGCGUGGAGCAGCUGCCACAGGCCAGACUGAUGCACCUCAGCGGGCCCUUUGCCGAGCCCCAGGCUGCCUUCGGGAUCAAGUCCAUGCCCCAUGACCAGGUUAGCGUGUCGUACUCCGAGAGAGACUCGCCCAUCCAGAACAUCCACAACAUGUCCAGUGAGUCUCACAUCACCCACAGCAGCCUGGAGAACACCUUUGAGUCCAUGAACUCCAUGAUGUCCAAGAGUGAGACCAUCUCCACACUGUCCAUGAGCUCCCUGGAGAGACAGAAAUCCCGUUAUGCUGAGUUGGACUUUGAGAAAAUAAUGCACACAAAGAAACGCCACCAGAACAUGUUCCAGGACCUAAACAGGAAGCUCCAUCAUGCUGAGAAAGACAGGGAGUCACCUGCUUCUGACAGCAAGUCUGUGAGAUGGAGUGUGUCUUCAGGAGGAAGUGACAAAACGAACCACAGUGACAAACAGCAGGGUCCUCUGGAGAGGCCGUGGGAGGGAGUCCGGGUAAUACAGCAGUCGCCUCCUGCAUGGGUGCGUAAAGACUUGGAGCCCAUUGCUGCCUCGCCUCUGGAGCUGCACUCUGUGGAGUGGGAGAAGGCCGGCACCACCAUCCCUCUGGUGGGGCAGGACAUCAUCGACCUGCAGACAGAGGUCUGAGGGAGAGGAGGGGGGCUAGAGAAGCCACCUGAUUUCACCUCGUUCACCUUUUUGGUUUAAAUAUCGGAUCCUGUGUGAAUAGAGUAAUGGAAACCGAGGAUGGGAGAAAGUAGGUCCCAGAAUCAAUGUCUUCAAACCCUCAACCAGAGCAGGAAGGAAGCGAGAGAAGGAGUGAUGGAGGAGUGGAUGUGGUGGUGGGAUGUUUAAUGCAGCUUCUCUAUGAGGACUUAGAGCAUCUUGUGUCAGAGUGCUCUGAAUGCCAAAGGGUUAGUGGAGCGAUCAGUGGUUUCCAUUGACCAGGACUGGCUAUGGUUCCAUUAACGCUUCACUGGGAGUUUCCUGAACUCUUCAGCCUGGAAGAUGUGGUCGACACGUCUGUGCUUCUUUUUUCCUUCAACUCAACUUUGGAUGAAAACAAGUUGCUUCUCGGGAGGACAAACCGUAAACUCAUGGCUGCUCCUCUUCCAACCAAGUUACCUUCCAAAAUAGGACGAGGCAAGAGAGGAUAAGGGACCCGUUUCAUGCUUGGAGUCCAACACACUGCACUUUAGUAGAAGGGCACACAUAUUUAGUUUUUUGUGAGUUCUUUCAUUUCUUCUAUGGGUGUGUUUGUUUGUCCUUCUUCACACCUGGAACUGCUUCAAACAGCCUAAAAUGAGCCUCUUUCAUGAGACUCUCUGUACUGAGAAAAUGACUCUUCUUCUAGAGAGCAGGCUUCAUCAUAUUGGUGGAGCUUCUCAUUGCUGUUUUCACCAUGGUGGUUAUUAUUCCAAUGAUUAUUUUCAGUGUUAUGAUUAGCAUUGUUAUUAUCAUUAUUGAGUUUAUAGCCUAUAUUUUUGAUUUAUCAUCCCCCUCAUGACUGUCGGACACAAAUUAUAUUGUUUUUGUGCUACAGCAUUAGGCUCUAAAAUAAAAAAGAAAUUCAACGCACCUUUUAAUGUGCUGUGAGCCCAUGUGGACUGCGUCGGGACAAACAUGCAGAGUGUGAUGGAGGUGACCCCAAAUGUCUCCCAGCAUUCUGCUUCAAUACCAAAACACCAGCACCAGGACAAACACAGACUGUCACACAGGAAGAGCAGUGCACACUGGGGAAACGCUGGGUCAAAAUGUGAGGAGGUGUGGGGGGGUGGGACACCCCCCCACACACACACCAUCAGCUGGCACAAGAUGCAGGCUCUUCCAUGUCGUACAUGUGGAUUCAAGGGGUCAGCGAGACCUUUCAUCAGUGCUCUUUUGUUUCUCAGCCUUGCAGGACUCCUGGAACCGAGCAGAGGCUCCUGGCGCUGAUUUUGACUUCCAGUGCAGCGCCAGGUCCUCGAGACUUUAACACAUUUGUGUUUUCAGCCAUCAGUGUGAAAUAGUGCAAUAUGAUGGGCGCUUGAUGAUCAAGCAAGACUGAUUUUGUGAUUGAGGCAGAAUUUUUUUCUUCACAAUGUUUCCACACUUUUAUACCAUCUUCUCGUAUUUACAGAGCAUAUAGAUGCAUUCUGAAAAUAUUGUAUUACAAAUCUGUAUUAGUAAUUCAAGGAAUUUAUUCACUAGAGAUUUGUUAGCGCAAAACUCCAUAUUUGGAGUUCUUUGUGACAGGUAGAUAAUUGUACCUAUAUAGAAUGAAUGAUAGCCUAUGAAUAUAAACUGUGCUCCAGGAUAUUUGUUAUUACUCUCCGCCUUGUAGCGAUGGGUAAUUUAACCUCAUGUCUCUGUAACAGUAUGUUUUUGAUAACCUUGUCAGUAACUCGAUAUAUGUAUUACCAGUCAAAUUCCCUUUCCAAAAAAGUCCUAUGUCCUACCCUCGGCUCCAAUCAUACCUCGAGUUACUUCUACUGAAUACCCAUUUGUAUGUUCUUGUUUGUAUUAUGUUUUACCUCCUGUUAAUGCACAGUUUUCACAGCACAAAAUGAAUGUGACUUAUUUCUAAUAAAAACAAAACUAUAUU